CAUUACGCACCUCGGAAACUCUGGGCUGAACCCACUUUCGUUUUAUGAAGUUCUCCGAGGAAUAGAAACUUGGCUGAAACCUUUGGAGAAGGAAAACGACCCACUAUCAAGUUGUGUUCAACAGCUAAGCUGACGUAGCUUAUAACAGACGAAUGACAGUAUGGCUGCUGAGGAAUCUGAUGUGCCAACUGAUCUUGGAGCUGAAGUUGAGGAAGGGAAGCUGACUGGAGACGUAACUGACGCCAAACCUGACCGCAGGGGGAGAUUUCUAUUGUUUGGUAAGAAGAAUAAGGAUGGCCAGACGCGGGAGCAGGACUACUCUUCUGAAAGCCAUUACAGAAUUGUUUCACCAACAUUCCAGUAUAAGAUGAGCCACCAGCGAGUGGGCAAGUGCAUCAUCAUCAACAACAAAAACUUUGAUGAAAAGACAGGGAUGAAUGUACGCAAUGGCACGGACCGAGACGCAGGUGAGCUGUUCAAAUGCUUCAAGAGCCUGGGCUUCGAUGUCUGCAUCUACAACGAUCAGACGUGUGAGAAGAUGGAGCGUCUUCUCAGAGAGGCCUCGGAGGAAGACCAUAGUGACAGCUCGUGUUUCGCCUGUAUCCUGCUAAGCCAUGGUGAGGAGGGCAUGAUCUACGGAACAGACGGAGCCAUGCCCAUCAAGUCCAUGACCUCACUGUUCAGAGGGGACAUGUGCAAAAGCUUAGUCGGAAAGCCCAAACUCUUCUUCAUCCAGGCUUGCAGGGGUUCCGAAUUUGAUGAUGGUAUACAGACAGAUUCGGGGCCGCCAAACGAUACCCUGGAGACGGAUGCAAAUCCAAGACAUAAGAUCCCUGUAGAGGCAGAUUUCCUCUUUGCCUACUCCACUGUGCCAGGGUAUUACUCAUGGAGAAACCCUGGGCGCGGCUCCUGGUUUGUCCAGGCGCUCUGCAACGUCCUCAAUGAGUUCGGCAAGCAGCUGGAGAUCAUGCAGAUCCUGACACGGGUCAACUACAUGGUGGCCACCAGCUUUGAGUCCUGGUCUGAAGACCCACGCUUCAGCGAGAAGAAGCAGAUUCCCUGUGUGGUCUCUAUGCUGACGAAAGAACUGUAUUUCAACUGACCGCCAGCUGAAAUGACUGUACUGUACGACACCGCUGACUGACUCGACUGACCGACUCGACCGACUGUUUCAGGUACCGACUAAGCGGUCAAAGCAUUCAGGGAUGAUUCAGGCCCAGCAGGACACUGCACAUUUGGAGCACAUAUGACAUUUUGCAUGUGUAGUUGGGCCCGAAAAACAGGCACUCCGUGAAGGAAAGAAAAAAAUAUUUACAGUGGCACUCCGCGUUCAUGUGUUGAUGGUGAAACUUCUUCCUCUUCUUCAGGUUAUUCUUCGGAAUAAUGGCGUCACAUUUGAUCUGAUCUUUUCUUUGACAGGCAUUGUGAAAUAUUCAUGUUACUCCACCGGCCCGGAAAAUUUGCUGCCAGUUUUUUGUGGGUUCGGUGGAAUCAUAUCUGAAUAUGUGUCUCUCCAUUUUCCAGCAUUGGUAAUAGAUGCUGAAAGGAAAUGUACAGAGCAGUCAGGAGUCCUCGGGCUAAAAAUGGCUCUUGCAUUUAUUACACGAAAUGGGUUAUGAAUAUUUGAAGUAAUUUACAUUUAGUGUUCUGAGAGAAGUCUCUCUGGAAAUAGAUCAUAAACCUGCCUAAUGCAGUCCAGUGCAUUUGUGCAGUGUACAAUACUCUGUCACCAUUACACAGGAAAAUAAAUUGGAAACCAGGUUUGAAAGCCUUUAGAAAGUCUAUAGAAAUCCCCACUUGAAAAGCAGACAGUGAUUACAAACCUUUUAAUUGCCAUAGGAGACACAAGGGAGCUGCUUUAAUUACAAACCCUGUCUGAUGCAUUGUUAGAGGGGGGAAAAAGCAUCUGGAAAAUGGAUCACAUCAUUUUCAGCUAUCUGUGUUUCCACGUUUUCAGCCGUCAAUUGUCGAAGACAACAGAAAAAGACAACACUCCUCUGAGCAGAAACACGUGACGACGCUUUUUGCCAAAGGCUCAGUGUCUCAGCCUUCCUAGCAAGUUUAAGUCGGUAGCAGCACGCUGGCAUCCUCAGGUUCUUUAAUGUCCCAUGAAGUGGGUUAAUGUCAUGUUAAAGAAUGUCAUAUACGUAUGGCUAGGAAGGUGUGAUCUUUUUGCUGUGUAGUGAUUAGUUUCAUGAGAUUUUGGGUCAAGUGCAUAGUACAUAGUCCACUCCUACAAAAGCAAGGAUUAUUUGCAAUUUGCCAGUUUUCACAGGCCGACGUCGGAAGACUUCACUUGCUUGUCGUUACACUCCAAAUAAGUGAAGUUUGUGUAAUUGCAUAUAAUCAAAAUGACGCAGUUGUCUUAUUAGUCAGGGUCCAAUGAAACAGUUAUGAAUUUCCCUUUUUCAGUCUUUGAAUUUAGACAUUCCUCUUUGAUAACUUUAACAGGAUACAUGCUGUAGGAUACACUUGAAAGAAGACUUAAAAAUGUCAAACACUGUGUCAUAAACUUGGGAAAUAUCAUAGUGUAAAGCUGGACUAGGGCCCAAAGCACAAAUGCCACAUCAUUUCACUGUAUAUUAGUGUUGUACAUUGUCAUUACACACACUACACUCUGAUAAGAGGCACUCAGCAAUGUCUUUCUGUUUUUUAUUUUUAAAAUCCAUCUUUGAUUUCCAAAGAUUUAAACACCCAACUCAUAAAAAAAAGAAAAAAACAUUUAUUUUAUUUGUAAGCACUUAGUGCACUUUUUAGGAACAGUAUUGCAUAAUUUAUCCAAUGAUUGAGUUUUGUGGUAAAAUAUAAAUCUUUUUAAUCCGAUAGACAUUUGCUGAUGGUCAUUUCAACUCACACAAAGUUUGUUUCUGCAAAUAUGCUGUUAUCGUGCCAAAGUCUGUCAAUCACAGAGGCAGCUAUUACUGGUGGUGACAAGUCUGAACAUACACAAUCCACAUGUCCGCAAACACACACUCUCAUUGUUGCUGCAAUGUUUUUACAUGAUUCACAUGACUACAUGUGUCAGUAACUUAAGGGGGAAAAGUUCAGCAAUAGCUUUAACGUGUCAAAAUAUUUCCCCCUUUUCACUCCUUGUAUUUUUUAUCAGUUGUUUUUUUUUUUUAUUUUGAUAACACUAUUACAUAAGUGUGAUCAAUACUGGCUUAAAGGGACGGUUCACCCCAAAAUCAAAACUACAUAUGUUUUCUCUUAACUUUAGUGCUGUUUAUUAAUCUCGAUUGUUUUGGUGUGAGCUGCGGAGUGUUGGAGAUAUCGUCCGUAGAGAUGUCUGCCUUCUCUGGAAUAUAAUGAAACUAGAUGGCACUUGGUUUGAGGUGCUCAAAGCGCCAAAAAAUACAUUUGAAAAACUCAACAUCAGUGUCUCUUUCCAGAAAUCAUGACUCGGUUACUCAAGAUAAUCCACAGACCUUGUUGUGAGAACAUUCAACUGAAUCAAGUGUGCAUCUACUCGUGGAUGAGAGGCUACUGCUAGCUCACCUGAGCUAGUUAACGUGACAGCUUAGCUGGAGAGGACGCCAUUAAUGUUUGCGUCUUGCGCUGUCACAAGCACAAGUCUCCUAUCCUUGAGUAGAUGCACACUUCCUUAUGUGCGAUGUUGCAGUUGCAGGUGUUGGUUGGUAGAAUGAAAAUAAUAUUUCCGACAUGAAACUGCUCACAAUAAGGUCUGUGGAUUAUCUUGAGUAACCAGGUCAUGAUUUCUCUAAAGAGACAUUGCUGUUGUAUUUAAUGUAUUUUUUGGCAUCUAGUUCCAUUAUAAUGAGAGAAGGCAGACAUCUCCACAGCUGAUAUCUCCAACACACUGCAACUAACACCAAAACAAUUUAGAUCGAUAAAUAACACAACAGGUAAGAGGAAAAAUAUGUAUUGCUGAUUUUGGGGUGAACUGUCCCUUUAAGUAUGAGACAUGUCCCAUUCUACACCCAGUGCACUUGUCCAAUACAGCCACAACUCUCGACACAUGGAUCUCUGAUCAGUGAUGUGGUGCCCAACCUGUGCUGAAAGGAGUGUUUGCUCCACUUGUUUUGCAUUGGAAUUGAAGGAGGGGAGAAAAAAAUAAUAUAUAUAUUUUUAAGGGUAAAAUUUUAAAUGCUUUCCGGUGUUAAAUGCUGUUGUCCUCAGGAAUAUAUUUGAAAAGAUUUGGAAAAAAAAUGAAUGAAUGAAUUACAUUGAAAGUAUAAUCUGGCCCAAUUUUCUUUUUAAUUUGGGGCAAUACCUUGUUUAAAUAUCUUCAAAACAGACGAAUGCUUAUGUAAACAUUUUAUUGUAUUAAACAUAAAGAAUUUA